AUGGCCACUGAUCAACUGAAGUCGUUGCGUGGUACCACGAAUGGCGCCACUCCUCACGUCCCCAACCUGGCCGGAGCCAAAAUCAAAAGCAUAGAAUACUUCCGAGUCAAGCCCAGGUGGUUAUUUGUCAAGAUCACAGAUGAUCAAAGUAACUACGGCUGGGGGGAAGCUACGCUUGAGGGCCAUACCAAAGCGGUGGAGGGUGCACUUGACGAGAUUAUUGAUCGUAUUAUCGGAUAUGAAGCAGAUGAUAUUGAACACAUCUGGCAAACGAUAUGGCGCUUGGGAUUCUACCGCGGAGGCCCAGUCUUCAUGUCUGCUCUUUCUGGGAUCGAUAUCGCUCUUUGGGAUCUUAAAGGACGAAAGCUGAACGUCCCCAUUUACCAGCUUCUUGGUGGGAAAGUUCGCAACAAGGUCCAGGUAUAUGCGUGGAUCGGUGGUGACAGGCCUUCGGACAUCGAAACCGCUGCCAAAGCUCGCAUUGCCCAGGGGCUGCGAUGCAUCAAGAUGAAUGCCACCGAGGAUGUCAACUGGCUGGACUCACCAUCCGUACUGGACUCGACCGUCGAGCGGCUGAAAAUUGUCAAAUCGCUCGGUCUGGAUGCCGGUCUAGACUUCCACGGACGCCUACACAAAGCCAUGGCCAAACAAUUGGCCAAAGCUCUGGAGCCGUACCGGCCACUCUUCAUCGAGGAGCCCCUCCUUGCAGAACAUCCUGAGGCUUACAAGCAGCUGAGCAACUGCACGACCAUCCCAAUUGCCCAGGGCGAGCGCCUGUACAACCGCUGGGACGUCAAGCGAUUCCUGGAAGAUGCUUCCGUCGAUAUCCUGCAGCCGGACAUCGCACACGCAGGAGGUAUUUCCGAAACGAAGCGUAUCGCCAACAUGGCCGAAGCAUACGACGUGGCCAUUGCACCGCACUGCCCCCUGGGACCGAUCGCUCUCGCCGCGAGCAUGCAGGUCGCCUUGAAUAUCCCUAACUUUGUAAUCCAGGAGAUGUCAUUGGGAAUGCACUACAAUGUCGAAGCUGGGGAGGAGGAUUUGAACACCUACCUCGUCGACGAGAGUGUAUUCGCAAUUGAGAACGGCUACGUCAAGGCUCCAACAGGUGCAGGGCUGGGUAUUGAGAUUAAUGAGGAAGUUGUCAGGAGGAUCUCUAAGACGACAGAGGCCUGGCAAUGUAAGGAGUUCUAUGGAGAAGACGGUAGCAUCCGGGAGUGGUAA